GAAAUAAAGAGGAAUGAAUUGAUAAUCGUCACCACGAGCAAGCCCACUUUCAUUCUGGAUGGAAAUGCUCAAAGCUUCCAACGAGUGCCCACUCCUCUUUCUUUCCUCUUUUACUCGUGCUGGUUCUUGCAAUCGACAACAUCUUCCACAUUCUCAUUCCAGACCUCAAUAAACACUCACACCACCACAUUCAAUCCAAGCAUCCAUCAACAUGGUUAAAGCAGUUGCUACCGUCCGCGGUGACUCCAAGAUCUCCGGCACCGUCACUUUCGAGCAAUCCGAGGAGAACUCCCCAACCACCAUCACAUGGAACAUCACCGGAAACGAUGCCAAUGCUGAGCGUGGCAUGCACGUCCAUCAAUUCGGUGACAACACUAACGGCUGCACAUCUGCCGGACCACAUUUCAACCCACACGGCCAGACCCACGGUGCUCCCACCGAUGAGGUUCGCCAUGUAGGUGAUCUUGGAAACUUCAAGACUGAUGCCCAAGGAAAUGCUACUGGCUCUGUUCAAGACAGUCACAUUAAGUUGAUCGGCCCAUUGAGCGUCAUUGGCCGUACCGUUGUUGUCCACUCCGGAACUGAUGAUCUCGGUAAGGGAGAGAACGAAGAGUCCAAGAAGACCGGUAACGCUGGAACCAGACCAGCUUGUGGUGUUAUCGGUAUUGCUGCAUAAAUGUAGCAUGCAAAAUGACAUGAAUCACAAUGAUACGAUCUGAUGAAAAUGGAAAAGGGGUAUGGAUCAUUUAGCUUAGUUUGCCGGCUGUGUCUAGGUAGUUUUAACAGAAAAGCAAUCGUUCUACUCCAAUGAUUUGAUUCAGUUAUGAUUUAUGAAUUGUAGAAGGGGAUUGAGAAGCUCUGUUUGUGGUGUUUGCGGGGCUUGCAAGCUUAAUUUGAGUAUUAAAUACUAUUAUUGUUAUAAUUAUAUGUAUGUAUAUGUAACUAUGCUUUUUUGCAAACAAUCAUAUUUCAACAAAGAACACACGAACAACAAUAACCACGUCAACUUCAUAUAGUGCGAUAUUGCAUCAUUUGAAAUUGGGGACUGAGGCUAAUCAUA